CAAUGGGCGGGAAAAGAAAGACAGCUGGGUCCAUUCAACUAAAUCUACGAUGACGAAUUGUAGCUAAACACACUCGCAUGGACUAUGGCUAAGGGACAAGGUGGAGAGACUUACAGCGCCGCGGCCAGUUUCCUUCAGCCCCAGACAAUAACGCCGGAGGAGCGGAGACUGAAACAGAGGGAAGUGAGAAAGAAUCUAUCAGUAUGCAAUAAGCUAUGUUAUGCUAUUGGUGGAGCACCCUACCAGAUAACAGGAUGUGCCAUUGGAUUCUUCCUACAAAUUUACCUGUUGGAUGUAGCACAACUUCAUCCAUCAUCUGCAUCCUUGAUCCUCUUCAUUGGCCGAGCUUGGGAUGCCAUCACUGAUCCAACUGUCGGUUUUCUCAUAAGCAGAAGUAAAUGGACAAGAUUCGGGAGACUGUUGCCAUGGAUUAUUUGCUCUUCACCAUUCGCAGUCGCCACUUACUUUCUCUUAUGGUAUGUACCAAAUGGAAAUAUAUCCGAGAUUGGAAAACUCCUUUGGUACUUGCUCUUCUACUGUUCGUUCCAAACGCUGCAAACUUGCUUCCAUGUACCCUACUCUGCACUUACAAUGUUCAUAAGCACAGACCAAAAGGAAAGAGAUUCUGCAACAGCUUAUCGUAUGACUGUGGAGGUGCUGGGAACAGUGUUAGGAACAGCAAUACAAGGUCAGAUUGUAGGUGGGGCUGAUUCCCCUUGCAUUCAUGAAAAUGGCAUUAACGCUUCAAUAUCCACAAUUGAUGUCAACACUACACAAUACAAUCCCAACACGUCAAUCAGCCAGCUGAAAAGUGCAUACAUGAUGGCAGCAGGAGUUAUUGGCGGGGUGUAUAUUCUGUGCACCAUAAUUUUGUUUGCUGGAGUCCAGGAAAGAGAUGAACCACGCAACAGAAAGGCCCAGAAAUCAUACUCCUUUUGGAAAGGACUGAAACUUGUAAUGAGCCAUGGGCCUUAUGUGAAGUUGAUCAUUGGUUUCCUGUUUACAUCAUUGGCUUUUAUGCUGCUGGAAGGGAAUUACGCCCUGUACUGCUCCUACACACUGGGCUUCCCCAGUGACUUCCAGAAUAUACUGCUGGUUAUCAUGCUAUCCGCAACAUUAACGGUCCCGUUUUGGCAAUGGUUUUUGACCAGAUUUGGCAAGAAAACGGCUGUGUAUGUUGGCAUUUUGUCAGCUGUCCCAUUCCUUAUCCUGAACGUUCUGGUGCAGAGAAAUCUGGUCGUGGCAUACAUUGUGUCGUUUGCUUCUGGGGUCAGCGUUGCUGCUGCUUUCCUGUUGCCAUGGUCUAUGUUACCUGAUGUUAUUGAUGAUUUCAAGCUGAAGAACCCAGAGUCGGUGGGACAUGAAGCAAUUUUUUACUCUUUCUACGUCUUCUUCACCAAGUUUGCAUCUGGAGUGUCCCUUGGAAUCUCCACUUUGAGCCUUGAUUUUGCAGGUUAUCAGACCCGGGGAUGUGCUCAGCCCGAUGCAGUGCAUCUAACCCUGAAGAUGUUGGUCGCUCCGGCACCCAUUUUCCUUAUUAUACUUGGACUGAUUAUUUUUAAAUUAUACCCAAUUGACGAAGAGAUUAGAAUGAAGAACAAGAAAGCCCUUGAAGAUUUACGAGACAACGGUCAAGACACAGAAACAAAUUCAAAUGAGCUCUGCAGUAUUGUAUAACAACUGGCCAAAUGUUUACGCACAUAAAAAUUUCAGCUUGAGAUUUGUGUACAGUGUACAUUACUUUAAAAUGUGAAAGCGACACAUCGACCAAGAAAAACUAAAAUAGGUUCGAGCUAAUUUCCUACUUUUGUAUAACACGUUUACAUUCUGUUCUUACUGAACACAGGAUUUGUACAGUGUACAUUGUGUAUGUACUGAUUUAGAGAAAAAGAAAGGUGUACAGAUAACUUAGUAUAAUGUACAUUUAUGUUGAAAUCCUAAUGUACUGUAUAUAUUUGAAUUAAAAUAUUAGUUGUCAAUAAAA